CGCCAUGCAGCCUCCCGUUCCUCCUCCUCCUCUCCCUCCUCUCCGGCUCUAAGUUAAUGCCAUGCUGCCGCUGCUCCUCCCGGCACUGCUGGCCGCCUGCCUGCCGCCCUGCCAGGGCUGGAGCCCCUCGGCGGCUGCCAGCGGGCAGGAGGAGCAGGAGCAAGAGCUCUUCUUGCCCCCUGUCAACUCCUCCUCCCGCUCCUUGGCCAGCCUCGAGAUGGACCUCGACGGGGCAGCAAGCAAGGAGGAAGGCAGCACCGCCAGCCCGGGCACGCCGGCUGCCCCUAGCCAAGAGCCUUUCCCUUCCGCUCCCACCUCCUCCGGGCAGCAGCAGCAACAGCAGCAGCGUCCCCAGCCGCAGGGGCAGCCGCCGCCCGCCGAGGACCCGCACUGCAAUAUCAGCGUGCAGCGGCAGAUGCUGAGCUCGCUGCUGGUGCGCUGGAGCCGUCCGCUGGGCAUCCAGUGCGACCUCCUGCUCUUCUCCACCAACAGCCACGGGCGAGCCUUCUUCUCCGCCGCCUUCCACCGCGUGGGGCCGCCGCUGCUCAUCGAGCACCUGGGGCUGGCGGCCGGCGGCGCCCAGCAGGACUUGCGCCUCUGCGUGGGCUGCAGCUGGGUGCGGGGCAGGCGGGUCGGGCGCCUGCGGGGCGCUGCGCCCCAGGCCGCCCCCGCCGCCGCUGCCGCCGCCGCCGCCUCCUCCUCCUCCUCCUCCUCCUCCUCCUCCUCCUCCUCCUCGCUCUCCUACCCGCCGGCGGCGGAGCCCGGCCAGUACUGGCUGCAAGGGGAGCCGCUGAAUUUCUGCUGCCUGGAUUUCAGCCUGGAGGAGCUGAAGGGGGAGCCGGGCUGGCGGAUGAACCGCAAGCCCAUCGAGUCUACCUUGGUGGCUUGUUUCAUGACUCUGGUCAUCAUCGUGUGGAGCGUGGCCGCCCUCAUCUGGCCGGUGCCCAUCAUCGCCGGCUUCCUGCCCAACGGCAUGGAGCAGCGCCGCAGCACCGCCGCCGGCACCACCACCGCUGCCGCCGCCGCCGCCGCCAAGUAGCCUCUCCCGGUGACCCCCUCCUUCUCUUCGCCGUGCGGUGUGGAGGGACGCCGGGCGGCCGCCUCCCGCCGGGCCGGACUCUGUCGUGUUUUUCUUGUUUAAAGCGUG